GUGUGCUGCUGCUGUCUGCACCGACUGUUUCUGCAGUGUCUCUGUCUGUCAGUCCAAACCUUCAGCAGUUCUUCAGAGGAUCUUCUUCAGUGUCUCUGAGUUGUGUUGAUGAUGGACAGACAGCUGAUGGAUGGACAGUGAAGAGGACCAGAGGAAACCUCACUGAGGACUGUGGAGCAGCUGCUUCAGAGUUUAGUAGGAUUAACAGUUCCUUCUGUGCUCUCGGUCUCUCCACUGGUGGAAGUUUCCUGUGUGUAAACUCAUCUGGAGAGCAGAGUGAUGAAGUCUCCAUCAGUGUCUCAGAAGGAGGUGUGAUCCUGGAGAUUCCUGCACUUCCUGUCAUGACAGGAAGUGAUGUCACUUUGUACUGUACACCCAAAGAGGGAGAAAGACGAAAAUCUUACUUCAUCAGAGAUAAUGUUCCACUUGGAUCUGGACCUGAAGGAAAGUGGAUUCUCUCUAAAGUCAACCGGUCUGAUGAAGGUCUCUACUCGUGUUAUACUGAUAUUCAUCCACCUUCUCCUCAGAGCAGACUGAGGGUCAGAGAUCUCUCUCCUGCAGAUCCUCCUCCCACCACAACGUCUCCUCUUCUUCUCACUACUUUCCCUCCCUCCUCUUCCUCUCCACACUCUUCCUCCUUCCUUCCUCUUUAUCUCCUGGUGCUCCCUGUAGUCCUGGUCCUGGUCCUGGUUGGAGGUGUGGUUCUGUUGAAGAAACUGAGAGUAACCAAGACUUCACCUGCUCCUGAAGAAGUGACCUAUGCUGAUAUCAACAUCAGACAGAAGAAGAAGAGGCGAGUAACCAAGACUUCACCUGCUCCUGAAGAAGUGACCUAUGCUGAUAUCAACAUCAGACAGAAGAAGAAGAGGCGAGACAACCAUUCUCUUGGUCCAGAUACAGUCUACUCUGCUGUGAGGACACACACUGCUGGCCCUUCUGAGGUCACUUAUGGCCAAGUUCAAAUCAGAUCUCAGAGACCUGCGGGCAGAAAUACUGAGUACCCAGCUGAUCCAGAUGUCGUGUACUCAUCAGUGAGAGCAGGAAAAUGAAGAUAAACAGCUGGAGGAGCUUCACGUCUUUCCAACCUGAAUCUUUUAUUUUGAGUGAUAUGCUGUUUGCUCUGCUUUGUUUUACCACCUUGCUCGUCUCCUUUAUAGUGUAACUUCUUCCUUUCGGCACAAGUUUAGAUCUAUGAGUACUUGAACAGUGAGCCACAGAGCAUUUUAAAGAGUGCAUAUCUUGAGAAUCCACUUCUAUUUUUUUAUGAGAGUUUUAUAAACUCUGAGGUGUAAAAUUUUUAAAUCUGAAGCUCCCCUGGCAACUGGACCGUCUCCAGCUUUUAAACCACUGAGAGCAUCCUGGCUUUAAGAAAACAGAUAACCAAUAGGACUUGAGCUAAAUAUUCAAGUCACAACCCCUUGCUGAUCAUCUCUUUGUCUGUCAGCGCUAAGCAGAACAUCACAGCAUAGUGUACAGCAGUAUUCAAAAUGUUUUCUCUCAGUUUAACUGCAGGGCCGUGAGCUGCUGUUAUACAUCUGUCUGUAAAGAGGAAUGGAUGCAGCUGUCUUAGUCAUAGCCAUCAAACAGACAACCUGCUGCUACCUCAAUUAAUGAAUUAAUUCAGUAUCAGAGUGAUGUGUUGAGCAGGUUUUAUAUGUUCCACAUCCAUGUUUCUUCUUCUCUGUGACGUAAAUCUAAUCCUUGUAAAGUCAUCUGCAUACCUGUCUGUUUUCUGUGCUUGUUCACAGUCAUGCUUAGAGAAUUUAGAUUGCAAUGCACCAACAACACCAGCAGUGUUGUUAAUACAUGAUUUAGUUAUCUCU